AUGAGGAUGCCAUCGGUCUUUACUGCACCGUCGACGUACAUGGCUGACCUCGAGGUCGGCGCGGCGACUGCAUACCACGUGCACUCCGAAGCCGCCAUGGCAGGUGAGAGCGAUACGUGCAAGCCGGCUGCCACCACCGCGUCGCCGCGCCCGCCUAUGACGCCGCACGCUGAGGACGCGGAUGCACGCAAUGGAGUGGAGCUGUCGAUCAGUAGCACUGCUGUAGCGCCGGCUUAUCAGCUACGCGGCGAGCUCGGACGUGGCCAGUACGGUUGCGUCUACUUGGUGGAAGAGUGCGUGCGACACCAUCUGCUCGCUGUGAAAGCUACGUACAACCCGAUUCAAGUAGCUGCUUUGCGUGAACGGCAGAGGCGCCAGGAGCGGCAACAGCAGAAGCCGUCCAAGGGCUCCGUUGGCUGUGUUCGAGAGGCAGCGCUCUCGCCUUACGCGCCACACGAAGAGGACCACGCUGCGGUACCGUUUCUACCCCAAAUGCCCCACUUCAGCAACGAGGUUAUGUGUCUGCGGGAGUGCCACUCGCCCUUCAUUGUCCGCCUUGAGGGGGUCGACAAAGGUGAGAACGGCGAGGAUCUGCUGCUCAUGGAAUACGUCGACUGCGGAGAUCUUCGCCGAGAGAUUCGGCGACGGCGCGCCACGGACACGCCCUUUACCGAGACAGAAGCCGUCUUUGUGUUCCUGCAGCUCUGUAUGGCUGUCGAUCACUUGCAUCAGCUGAACAUCUUGCAUCACGACUUGAAGCCAGAGAACGUUAUGCUCAGCAGUACAGGCAUCAUCAAGCUCGGGGACUUCGGUUUUGCAAAGAAGUACACGGAGCCGGUGUCCCAGCGGGUCGCAUCGACGGGGUGCGGCACUCCGUACUACCUCAGCCCUGAGGCGCUCCGUGGCGACCGGUACUCUCUCAAGAGCGAGAUGUGGGCCCUUGGUGUCAUCCUCUACGAACUCCUGGCACUCACUGGCCCCUUUGCUGCUGCGACGCGCGCGGAGCUGCGAGCCAAGGUUCACAGCUCCCACUACGCCAAGCUGCCGGCGACCUACUCGAAUGAGCUGCGGUCGGUGUGCUACCAACUGCUGACCCUCGACCCCGACCAGCGCCCCUCGACGCGCGACCUGUUCCAGGACAACGAGUACCUGCGCGAAAAGCUCAACGCGCUACGCCGCAUCUCCGAGUGCUCCGUGAAUAUGAGCACGGAGGCGAAAGGCUCCAUGUUUCAUUCGAUUAGUGCCGCACUGCGCCGCAAGCCGCCGAGCGCGAAAGGGCCCGCCACCGCCUCGUUUAACCUUGGAUGGGGUGGCAGCUGCAAAAUUAGCUCUCACGGUCAGGGCAGCGCGAGACCCGAAGCGGCACCGAAGCCUCGAGUGGAGAGACCGGCAGAGAUGACGCCGGUUGCACGGGCCCGCAGGGUAUGCUAA